AUGGUAGUGAGAACAAUGGAAGGAACACAUAGCUGUUAUCCUAUUGGAGUUGUCGACCUUUACAGUGCACCAAAAAUAGCUGCUGAUUAUAUCAACGAGUUUAGGACCAAUCCUAAGCUCUCAGCGGAACAAAUUCAACAAAGAUUGGGAAUGGCUGGGCUUCGGGUAACAAAAACAAAGUGUAAAAGCGCAAGACAGAUUAUGAAGCACAUUGUCAGUGAUGAAUAUGCUGAGCAGUUUACAAGAAUGUUUGACUACGUUGAGGAGCUGAGGAAAACUAAUCCUGGAUCUACGAUGAUAUUAGGUACAAAAGAUAGAGUUUUUGAGAAGUUCUACACAUGUUUUGCAUCUCAGAAAAAUGGUUGGAAGAGUGCAUGUCGUAGAGUUAUCCAUUUGGAUGGUACAUUCCUAAAAGGUCGAAUAAAAGGACAACUUUUGACUGCUGUGGGAAGAGACCCAAAUGAUGCAAUGUAUAUCAUUGGAUGGGCUAUUGUACCAGUGGAAAACAAAGUCUAUUGGGAGUGGUUUAUGGAUCUAUUGCAAGAAGACUUGGGUUUGGAAGAUGGUAAUGGCGUGGCACUUUCUUCAGAUCAGCAAAAGGGACUGAUUUAUGCAAUCAAAAAAGUGUUGCCCGACGCAGAACAUAGGAUGUGUGCAAGACACAUUUUUGCCAAUUUGCAGAAAAGGUACAAGCAAAUGGGACCUCUGCAUAAAGCGUUUUGGAAGUGUGCACGUGCAUACAAUGAACCGGUGUUUACAAGACAGCUUGAGAAGAUAAAAACCAUUAAACCUGAGGCUUAUGAAGAAUUGAAGAGGACUGGUAUUUUUUGUGACAUACCAAAGUCUGCCUCUGAUGUGAGUGGUAUUCCCUGUUGUCGCAUUAUGUGUGCAUUGUGGGCUGAGUAUAAGGAGACAAAGCUUCCCGAGACAGUGGUUUUAGAUUGGUUUUCUGUGGAGAAAUGGAAGCUUUGUUACGGCUCACUUAUGUUUCCUGUGAAUGGUAUGAAACUGUGGGAAACUCAUAGUGAUGUUGUAGUCAUGCCUCCACCGGACAGGAUCAUGCCAGGAAGCCCUAAGAACAAUGACCGAGUGAGAGACCCAUCCGAGGCAGUUUCUCCGCCUUCUUAA